AUGUCUGGCGCCUCAGAGUGCAUGGAGUCUCCACGGAUUGCUGGUGCUGCGUUGGCCAUGUAUCUGACCAAGCGACCAUUGAAACAAGCUCCUGCCCUUGAUCCAGUAGUGCUGGCAAUUUUGAAACUCAUGUCAUUCUGUGAGCGCAACUUGUACCUUCGCUGCAUGGCUGGAUUUUGUUUGAUGUGCAUCUACGGGCGUUUGCGAGUGUCUGACAUGCAUCGCAUUGUCAACCUUUCGGUGAAGGGCGACUUCGUUGAAGGAAAGAGUGAGCACCUCAGAAGUCACUGCGAAGCUGAAGAUGCUCCUAGGCAAAUCCUUUCCCGCCGAAACCGUGAACAAGAUCACAAGCCACAGUCUGAAGACAACUGGCUUACCUACAUGGGCACAUAUGGAGUUGAUUACACGCACACUGAACUGCUGGGUUAUCAUUUGACUCAACAUCGCAGUGCAAUCAACUACCAACGCAGUGCUUUGUCCGCUCCUUUAAGAACUAUGUGUGGCAUGCUGAAAGAGGUGCAAGAAGGAAAGUUCGUACCCCUGGCACCACGUGAUGAAGUAUUCUGCAGAGACACCAAGCCUAAAGGUGUCUUGGAACAAAUGGUUCAGACAAUGGGCAUGGAGUUGCAGGAACUGUGUGAGAAGUUCCUUGGUUUUCCAGCCACCUCCCUUCAUGAAGGCGAUGCGCAUCCGGAGCUGCGAGCGUUGUGGGAGAUGAUGGGUCAACCUUUCAUGCAAGAAGUACCAGUGGUGGAGCAGGUUGAUUCUCCCACAGAAGUAGUCUCAUACUUUGGAUAUGAAGAUGCAGAUCGUGUCAAAGAUGACCCGGCGACGGAUGGCUCAGGUGAUGAAUCCAAUUGUUCUGAUUCAUGUUCUUCGUCUGCAGAAAGUGCACUGGCAAGUGUGGUGCGCGAUUCGGAGUUUGCCACCUUCAGACCAGUGUCUAAGAGUGCCGUGACGGAGAUGGUGUACAGGCAUAAGCGCACCAAGAUGAUACACUAUGGGCAUGACAGCUUUGAGCCUAAGACGGCAUGUGGCCGCGCCCUCGGUAGCACCUAUUUUAGGUUCUUCGGGGAUAUUGAGAAAGCAUGGCCCCACUGCCGCAAUUGCUUUGGCAGCAUGUAG